GAUUCCCGUGUGUGAUCAAACCAUGUAUAUUUAUAGUCACUGGGCAAUGACAGUACAACCCUGCUAUUAAUAUUAUGCUUAUGUUCCCUUCCUCCCAAGUGUGUUGUGUGUCAGUGAAGCGCAGUGUUGUGACUAAUGGUGGAGAGUGGUUGAGAUAUGCUAUAUAGUGCCAAGUGGGAUAUAGGAAAGGACAUCAAACACUUAUCUUUCGUUCACACUCGCAUCAUAUUCUGUCAGUGCAAAAUUGUAGUUCUCAGUUCUGAUCAAAAUCAAAGUACAUACAUAUGUUGAUUUGAGUGUUUCUGGCAUAUUUGGGGUGUCUGCAAACUACACAGGGAUUUUGCUUUUCAAUUGAAUUAGAUUCCUUUUGGAAUUCAAUUCUGAUUCUUUCUAGGGUUUAGGUUUUCUUUCUUUUCUUCCCCUCUAUUUAUAUCUGGGCUGGUAUUCUGCUAAUCAAACCUUGCCUUGCUUGCUGCAAUCCAUUCCUCCGAGUCUGAUUCUCCAAGUCUUGUCUUUUCUGUAGUAAAGGGGAGCCAUGAAUGCACUAGCAGCCACCAACAGGAACUUUAAGCUGGCCUCUAGGCUUCUGGGAUUGGAUUCAAAGCUUGAGAAAAGUUUACUGAUUCCAUUCAGGGAAAUCAAGGUUGAAUGUACCAUACCUAAAGAUGAUGGCACAUUGCAAUCUUAUGUCGGAUUCAGGGUUCAACAUGAUAAUGCCAGAGGCCCCAUGAAAGGAGGAAUCAGAUACCAUCCUGAGGUUGACCCUGAUGAAGUGAAUGCUUUAGCACAACUAAUGACAUGGAAAACAGCUGUGGCAAAUAUACCAUACGGUGGUGCCAAAGGAGGGAUAGGGUGUGAUCCAGCAGAAUUAAGUAUAUCUGAGUUAGAAAGACUAACCAGAGUUUUUACCCAGAAAAUUCACGAUCUGAUUGGGACUCACACAGAUGUGCCAGCACCUGACAUGGGAACAGGACCACAGACUAUGGCAUGGAUACUAGAUGAGUACUCCAAAUUUCAUGGUUAUUCUCCUGCAGUAGUGACUGGAAAACCUAUAGAUCUUGGUGGAUCUCUAGGUAGAGAAGCGGCUACAGGACGAGGUGUUCUCUUUGCAACAGAGGCUUUGCUUAAUGAGCAUGGAAAGAGUGUAUCAGGACAACGGUUUGUCAUACAGGGUUUUGGAAAUGUAGGGUCAUGGGCUGCACAAUUAAUCAGUGAGAAAGGUGGGAAAGUUGUUGCUGUGAGUGACAUAUCUGGAGCCAUAAAGAACAGCAAAGGUCUUGACAUCCCAAGCUUACUCGAGCAUUCCAAAAAACACAAGGGUGUAAAAGGAUUCCAUGGUGGUGAUCCAAUUUCCCCGGACUCAAUAUUGGUUGAAGAUUGUGAUGUUCUAGUUCCAGCAGCUCUUGGAGGUGUCAUCAAUAGGGAAAAUGCAAAUGAGAUCAAGGCCAAAUUCAUUGUGGAAGCAGCUAAUCACCCUACUGACCCAGAGGCUGAUGAGAUUCUUAAGAAAAAAGGUGUUGUCAUCCUCCCAGACAUAUAUGCAAAUUCAGGAGGUGUUACAGUUAGCUACUUUGAGUGGGUUCAGAACAUCCAAGGAUUCAUGUGGAAUGAGGAAAAAGUGAACAAUGAGCUAGGGAACUACAUGACCAAAGGUUUCAAAGACGUGAAGGAAAUGUGCAAAACCCAUGAUUGUGAUCUUCGUAUGGGAGCCUUCACCCUGGCAGUUAAUCGUGUGGCACGUGCCACUGUCCUUAGGGGUUGGGAAGCUUGACACCUAUUGCUGCUGCAUGCAUGCUUUCAAUAAAAGAGCUCCAUUCUCAGCAACACUUCACAAAGUUUUUAUUGCUUUCAUGUGUUGGGUGAAUUGUAUUUUCACCCCCAAUUCUUCUUUGAUCCGCAUUAUAUCUCAUUUAUCAAAAGGGGAGCACUCCGUGUUCUAUUCUUAUUAAUAUUCCAA